CACAAGCCUCCUUUAUCCACUCGGUCUCCUUCACUAUAAAAAGCAAAGAAAUCCCAAAACACUUGUAGCACCACAACAACAAUAUCCACAUUCUUCUUCUUUUGAGUAUUACAUCCAACGAAACGUCUCUUUCUUUCUCUCUGAUAGGCAACAAUGGCGCAGAGGAAGAUGAUUGUGUUUCCCACCAAGAAUGAAUUGUCCGAAGCAAUGGCUGAGUACACUGCCAAUCUCUCCGCCAAGUUCAUCAAAGAGAAAGGCCUUUUCACCGUUGUUCUCUCCGGCGGUGACCUAAUCGAUUGGCUCUGCAAGUUGGUGCAACCUCCUUAUAUUGAUUCAAUCGAAUGGCCAAAAUGGCACGUCUUUUGGGUCGAUGAGAGGGUUUGUGCAUGGGAAGAUCCAGACAGUAACUACAAACUCGCCAUGGAGGGUUUUCUCUCUAAGGUUCCGAUUCCGGAUAAGAACAUCUACGCAAUCGACAAGCACUUGGCGGCUGAUGGUAACGCCGAGCACUGCGCGACGCUCUACGAGGAGUGUCUAAAGAAUCUGGUGAAAGAAAAGAUUAUCCCAAUAUCGAAAAAGACAGGGUAUCCUGAGUUUGAUCUACAACUUCUAGGGAUGGGUCCUGAUGGCCACAUGGCGUCUCUCUUCCCAAACCAUCCACAGAUCAAUGAGAAGCAGAAAUGGGUCACUUACAUCACCGACUCUCCAAAACCACCACCAAAGAGAAUCACAUUCACUUUACCGGUCAUCAACUCUACUUUGUACAAUCUUAUGGCCAUUUGUGACAAAGCACCGGCCAAAUCCGUGGCUGAGAUCAUGAAGCACAACAACCUCUCGUUACCUUCUGCUCAUCUUAGUGCUCAAGUCGAAAAUGUUUGGUACCUUGACCAAGCAGCUGCCUCCGAGCUCUAGAGAGGUAGCCUAAACACAUUAAUAUUGGUGUUUUGUUUGUAGUCUCUACGUUGCUUUGUGUUGAAUAACCGGUUAAUACAUUUGCGUACGUUUACUUCGUACAAAAUGUGUUGAAUAUUCGAGCUAGUUGUUUCUUGUAGUUGUGAUGUGAGUCCCUGGCUAUGACUAUAUAUCAUUAUAAAAAUAUAUAGUGGGCUUCAUUUAAUCUGUCAUUUCAUGAAUGGUGUUUAAUUAAACUUUUCUUUUAGGGUUUAUCAUUAAUUAUUCAUGCUUUUUAACUAUAUAUUGUACAUAGUAUAUACAAGUGAUAAUCUUAUAUACUAUAUAUUAUUGUUUUGUUUUAUUAUAUAAAAUCAACAUGUAUUAGAUGAGAACACCUGCCCAAUGUAAGUUUUUUUAAUUAACCUCC